AUGGAAAGGAUUGAUGUCCACGCUCACUGUGUUCCUGACUCGUACCGCGAAUAUUGCCUUCAGAGUGAAUUUGCAGGCAAGAGCCAUCCAGAUGGAAUGCCUGCGAUCCCAGAAUGGAGCGCAUCCACUCACAUCAAAUUGAUGAAAAAGCUCAAUAUCAAACAAUCAAUCCUCAGCAUUUCCUCUCCAGGAACACAUCUCACACCAGGGAACAACGAAGAAGGGCGCUCCGUAACCCGCCGCGCCAACAUGGACAUGUCCAAAACCUGCGCCGACCAUCCGGACAAAUUCCGCUUCUUCGCGUCUCUCCCCCUCCCAGACAUCGAGGGCUCUCUUGCGGAGAUAGAUUAUGCAUUGGACCAUCUUGGUGCUGCCGGUUUUGUAAUUCUGACGAACUCGCAUGGAAUCUACCCCGGAGACCCGCGACUGGAUGCAGUUUUUGAUAAGAUGAGCGAACGCAAAACCAUCGCUUUUCUCCAUCCUACUGCGUGUCUCAUUCAGCAUCCCGGAGACGGAUCCUUUGACAAACUCAAUCCCGUCCCUGGGUUUUCGACGCCGAUGAUGGAGUUCCUGUUUGACUCUAGCCGGGCAUUGAUGAAUCUACUGACGUCUGGCACGGUGGAACGGUGUCCAGGGAUUACCUUCUUGGCCUGCCAUUGUGGUGGCACUCUCCCUCCUAUUCUGGAACGAGUUGCCGAGUUCUCCCCGAUGAUUUUAGGGCUUGGAAAUGCUACGAGUGCAGAGAAAAUGAAAAACCUGCUCCAGACGCGGUUCUAUUUUGAUGUUGCGGGCGUUCCAUUUCCUGACCAGAUACAUGGUCUUCUUCGGAUGGUUGAUUCUUCUAGAUUGUUGUAUGGGAGUGAUUAUCCCUAUUCACCGGCGGCACGGGCGGAAUCUUUGGCGAAAAGAGUGGAUGAGGGCUUGGAUAGGGAUUUCGGUCCGGAGGUAAAAAGGGACAUUUUGCUGGAGAAUGCGGAGCGUCUCAUCCAUUCCAUAGAUUGUUAG